CGCACUUUGAACUCUCCGGUAGGGGGACACCUGUGCCAGAAAUCUACAAAUAUCAUUCCACGUCAGUUAAAUGCAAUAUAUCACCGGCCGUUUGAGUUGUAUUGUAUGAUAUCAAUAGCGGUAUUUACACGGGAGACAUUGUUCUCAUUCAGAUCAACUCAUUUGGAAACGUAAAGCUGUUGUAUUCACAAAAGAGAACAAUUUGGAAUAUAGAUAAUUUUACAAUGGACCACGCAGUGACUCAGGAUUUCAAUAAUAGGGUGAGGGCUACUCUUGAGUACGAGAAAGACCAGGCCCAGCUCUACUCACAACUCAAAAAAUACAAGCAAGAUCGCGAUGUGGCUUCUCUAGUCAACACCCUAAAAGACCUUCUAGCCUCUCCUGAUCGGGUCAACCUCUUCGAUGACAUACGACCUUUUGUGUCGGUCAACCAACAGGUGGAAUACAAUAAUCUAUGUCCAGUACCGCCAAGUAAGAAAGCUAGUCUUGUUCACCUGACCCGACGUGGCGCCGAACCUCUGGGGUUCAAGUUCCGAGGAGGUCUCGAACACGGGAUAGGUCUGUUUAUAUCCGAGGUGACUCCGGGAUCACAAGCAGAGCUCAAAGGCCUGAGGCCCGGUGAUGAGAUCAUUCAAGUGAAUGGGUACAAUGUUUCUCAGGUCACCCACCAAGAGGCCCUAGCAGCCAUGAAACUAAAGAAGAUGCUAACACUCAAGAUAAAAGGAAUUGGAUUGGUUCCCAUCAAAGACACGGGGUCAGAUCCUGUUUCAUGGCAGUUUGUAAAAAACAGACAGCGUUCACCCGAGCGAUCCCCAGUGACGGAGAUUACCCCCUCUUCAACCCGCAACAUCAUCGCUAAGGAGCGCACCGUGUUCGUCAACCUAGAAGGGGGACAAAAAUUAGGGUGUGGCAUUAGCAGUGGUAGGACCAAUCGACCUGGUAUCUUCAUACACAAGGUUAACCCAGGCACCCUGGCAGAGAAACUGGGAUUCCAGGUAGGUGAUCAGAUCAAGUCUGUGAAUUCGACAAGUUUCGAUGACGUGUCCCACGCCGAGGCUCUGAUGGCCCUAAAGAGCAGCGACCAUCUCAACAUCGUACUCAAGUCAUGGGAGGAGGAUGCAAUCCAGAUUGAACCAGUUCAACCAUCCCCUCACAUCAAGGAUGCGGACGUUCCCAUGACAACGGCGGUGGUAUCCGGUAGCGGUACCGGGGAUGCGAUCCGGGCAGCCGGUUUAGAGGAUGAAAAGCCAAAGCCGACACCAGAGCCUACUGAAAAACAGCCAGAAUGGUGGACCAAAGACCCUUACUCCAUGUUUACGACCCGUCAGAUUGAUGACCGAACACUAAGGAGGGUGGAGAUCGUCAAGGAUGGGCCACUCGAGAUGUACCUAGAGGGGGGCUUGAAUACACCCCUUCUUGGCAAAGUGGUGGUAGCAGAGGUGCUGGAAGGGGGCGCGGUCGCUAAGAGUGGAGCUAUAAGCAAAGGUGAUCAGAUCUUGAUGCUGGAGGGCAAGAAACUAAUCGACGUCACCUUGGAAGCGGCCCAGGUAACAUUCAAAGAACACAUGAAAGGAAAACUCGACGGAUCUCAGAAACUCAGGAUGAUAAUCGCUGUGGCACCUCCUAAAAAUUAUGAAGAUGAAGUCACUUUCUUUUAGGACUCUUGGGGCAUUCAUUGACGUCGACAGUAGAGCAUGAAAAAUAAUCUAUGACGUCGAUUUUCUUUUCAAAUAAGGAUGGAAAUACAUAAUUCUUGAUUGUACAUCUUUGAAAAGGAUUGUGAAGCGUUCCAUACAUCAGAGUCAAUAAAAUCAUAAUGAACUUUAUCAUAAAAUUAAGGGGCCGCUGAACGUUUUACAGGGAGGGGGGCUGAGCCGAAAGUGGGGGACUGAGCAUGCAAAAAAAUCAAAAUCACAUGGUAAUUCUUAAGUCUAUGUAUACAGUUUUGGAAAGAAAAAGUGUGGGGGCUGAAGCCCCCCCCCCCCCUUGGUUCCACGGCCCCUGCAUAUAUAUGUGCAUAAACAUUAAUGUAUAAAUCACAAGGGUUGCCGCCGUAAUGAUCCAUCAUUUUAUCAGUAUGCAGUGUUGAAAAGAGGGUAAAGUUACGAUGUAACCAUGGAGAUAAAUCUUCGUAAGGUGACAACAAUUAUAAUAGUCUGUCUUUUCAUGGGAGAAAAAAUAAUCAUACAAAAUAAUGUAACUUGAAGGACAAGUCCGCCCAAACAAAAUCGACUGUCCCAUUCGCAUAAUCACAUGCAAAUGAGAGAAUCAUUGAUUCUCUCAUUUGCAUGUGAUUAUGCAUAUAACUUUGUUGUGAAAAAUAA